AAUAUUUUUAAAGAUGGAAACAUUGAGCUGAAACUACCCAGAUUCGAAGACAGGAAAAUUUUACCAUACACAGAAACUUUCAUAAGUGAAAUAUUCAGACAUGUCUCUUUUCUUCCAUUUACUAUUCCACAUUGUACUGCAGCAGACACUACUCUGAAUGGCUAUUUCAUUCCCAGGAAAACUUGCACCUUUAUUAACAUGUAUCAAGUAAACCAUGAUGAAAUUAUUUGGGAUAAUCCUAACUUAUUUAGACCUGAGAGAUUUCUAAAUGAAAACAGAGAACUGAGUAAAAGUCUCAUUGAGAAAAUUUUGAUAUUUGGAAUGGACAUCUGGAAGUGUCUGGGAGAAGAUGUUGCACAGAAUGAGAUAUUCAUUUUCAUCACUACUGUUCUGCAGCAGCUCAAGCUGAAAAAAUGCCCCAGAGCCCAGCUAAACCUAACUCCUACAUAUGGGUUAGCCAUGAGGCCAAAACCAUACCAAAUCCAAGCAGAACUUUAUGCCUCAGGUAGUUCAUCUGCUUAGAUUCUUGGAAUGAGUGGUAGGUUUCUUAUUUAAUUCAGAAAAAUAGAUGAUUUGAGUUUAUUUAACUAGCAAUGUAUAGUUCACAUUCCUGAGCUACUCUAUUAAAUCAACUCUGUGAUAUAUUUUAUAAAAUAUGUUGUAUAGCUUUAGUUUCAACAUGAGACUUAUUGUCUUGUAAGGAUAUUUUAAUAAUAAUAAAGUGUGAGCCUCACGCAGUGGUGUCCCAGGUGUCAUGUGGGUGUGAGUGGAAGGGAAAAGUGAGUGGCAGAUUGACCAGGCAGGCAAGGGCACUAUGUCUACCCUCCCUUUACAUCAGCUUCAAAUAAACAGGUAUACUCAUCUUUGCUUUAAAUAUAGGGUUCAGAAUAAAGUUCUGAUGUUAAAUAUUUCCAGUGAUUUAGGGCACAGGUGCUCAAGAGGGCCAGAGAAAGGGACUAGAGUAGCCUAGCAGAGAGCAUUGCAUGGUGACCGUAGAUGAGCUAGGCUAGAGUUAAAGAAGGGAUUGCCUCAACCCCAUUUUUAUAUCAGAUCGUGUAUUUUUGUGAAUUAAAAUUUUAAUUGUAAGUCAAAUUGGUGUUUUCACCAUGUUACCAACUUCUUUUGGUACAUACUAAAUAUGUAUGUACAUUAUUUAUAGUUUACCAGGACUGCUAUAAUAACAGAAUACCAGAGGCCAGGUAGCAUAAACAACAGAAAUAUAUUUUCUCACAGUUCUGGAGGUGGAAAGUGCAAGAUCCAGGUGCCAGCCAACUUGGUUUCUCCAGAGGCCUCCCUCCUUGGCUUAGAGGUGGCUGCCUUCUUGCUGUGUCCUAACACUGCCUUUUCUCUGUAUGCACACAUCCCUGGAGUCUCUCCCUCUUUUUAUAAGAACAACAGUCAUAAUGCAGUAAGGCCCCACUCUAACAGUCUCAUUGUAACUUAAUUAUUUUUUAAAGACCUUAUUUCCGGAUAUAGUCACAUUCUCAAGCACUAAAGGUUGGGGUGUCAACACAUCAAUUUCAGACUGGGGGAGACACAAUUGAGCCCAUAAUAGUAUAUUAUGAGAAUAAAAGUGGCUGCUGAUUUUUUAAAAAUGCUUUUAAAUGUAGGACUCAGCACUAAGUAUGUGCUUUAUGAACUGAAUUUGUUAAUGGGCUAAGGCAUAUAAGUGAACUUAAAAUGGACCGUGAAAGAACUAGUAUUCCAGAUUGAAAGUUUGAGGUGGAAUUGCAUUAUAAAGGAUGUGGAAUACAAGCUGGGAGGUAAGAGAACAUCUGGGGUCUAAUUCAACUGGGGAGAGCAAUGAGCGAGGUGUGAUUCUCUAGUUAACGAUGAUCUUGGCCAAGAUGUGCAAUGUACAAAGUAGAGAACUUUAAAGCAAUUCAGAGACAUUGAAAAUUAAAGUCAAUACAUAGUCUUUUUUCCAAUAUAAAUAAAUUCAACAUUCUCCUUGGGAAUGAACAAUUGAAUAGCUUGUGUUUCUCUGUAAGAGCUUUUGAAAUUAUUUAUAUUAUCCUCAUGACAGUGUGUCAAAACGAAACUAUUCUUAUAUCUUGUCAAAUUUUCUGUAUACUCAAGAAAAUGGGGAUGACUAGAAACUGUGAAUAUCUUCAUAUCUGUUUAUCUGAUAUUUUCUUUAAAGAAUUAUGUUUUUCUAAUCACUUUUUAAAAAAUAAGCAAACCUUGUAUUGUAAAAUGCUAGUUUGCACUCUUUCUCUGCUCCUAAUGCAUAAUUAAAUAGUAUACUAUCGGGCAUUUUGUAUAAUUUAUGUUUGUAUUGUAUGUAUUUUAGAAACGCGGGUGAGACUAAAACUGGGAAAAGAAAGUGUAAAAGCAAAAUAAGAAUAGCUUUCCUUUGUCAUUUAAUAUAUAAUGAUAAGUUCAUUUUAAUUAUGUGUAUUUACUUAUCCUAAAAUAAUAAUUUAUUUCAUGAAAUAUAUAAUCAGGAACAACAUAGUGUAACUGUAUUUAUAUAUAUAAACUUGUACUAACAAAAAUGCUUUAAAUAAUAAUCUGGAAACUACUCAAAGAAAUCAUUAUAACUAUAGAGAAGUGAUAAUAUAUGGAUAUAUGCAUCCACUGGUAAUCCAAGAUGAGUGAAGACUUAGAGUCAACAUGUAUGAAGUGUAAGAGCAGAGUUAUAGGAAUAAAUAUCCAGCUUCACACAAGUAUAUGCAGACACAUCUCCCUGGCCUCCUUGUGGCCACGGCCCCUGGGGAUUCUUGGUAACAUUAUAAAGACAAAGAUCAGUCUGGAAACAUUAUCCACUGAUGCAAAUGAGUGCAGGAUGUGCCUGGUCUCAAGUUCUUUAAAGAAGAAACUUGUGCCCAAAAUUUAAAAGAACAGGAUCAUCUCCCACAUUGCAAUUCUCUAAUUUAUUCCCAGUUAAACCUAUAAUUCAGAUAAAAUAUCAAUCUGUAAUAACACAAGAAGAAAUCUGAACUAUUUUAAAGAAAGGCAUAAGGGGUCUUCGGGAUUUUACUAUCUACAUAAUUAUUAAUUAGGCUGUGAAAUUU